AUGUUUCCGAUGGGAAAAAUCGAUAAACGAGUCAGGACAACAACAAAAACUCAAUUAGCUGUUUAAUUAACUUGUAAUAGAAAUGUAUUCCUCAUAUUGUUUUCACAAGCCAUUCCUAGGCUACCUUUUGUCCUCACUGCAAGCAGCUAGUAUCUUCUUCAGAAAUCUCCGAUCCAUAAUUUAUUGCUUGCUACUUUGUAAUCUCAAGAACCAAACCUGUUUAAUAUAUUUUCUUUUCUUAUGUGUUAACAUAGAAACUAUGAAUUGGAGACGUUUAUGCUGUUGCAUCUAUCAAGAAAAAGAAGAUGGGAACAAGGAGAAUAAUAAGAGCAGGGAUAACCUUUGGGAAAUAUACACUCUGAAGGAGAUUUUGCAUGCAACAAACAACUUCCACAACGAUAACAAGAUUGGCGAGGGCGGAUUUGGAAGCGUAUAUUGGGGUCGUACAAGUAAAGGCGUCGAGGCAAUUCAGAUUGCAGUAAAACGACUCAAGGCGAUGAGUGCGAAGGCAGAGAUGGAGUUCGCUGUGGAAGUAGAGAUUCUUGGGAGGGUUAGGCAUAAGAAUCUGUUAGGAUUGAGAGGAUUUUAUGCCAGUAGGGAAGAAAGGUUAAUAGUCUACGAUUACAUGCCCAACUAUAGUUUAAUCACUCAUCUGCAUGGCCAACUUGCCGCCGAUUGCUUGCUGGAUUGGCCGCGUAGAAUGAGCAUCGCUAUCGGUGCAGCCGAAGGUCUUGGGUACUUGCAUCAUGAGGCCAAUCCUCAUAUAAUACACAGAGAUAUAAAGGCCAGCAAUGUUCUUUUAGAUGCAAACUUCCAAGCAAAAGUUGCAGAUUUUGGGUUUGCAAAGCUUAUACCAGAUGGCGUUACGCAUAUGACAACAAGGGUGAAGGGCACUCUCGGAUAUUUGGCACCUGAAUAUGCAAUGUGGGGGAAAGUUUCCGAGAGUUGUGAUGUUUAUAGCUUCGGCAUUUUACUUUUAGAGAUCAUUAGUGCGAAGAAACCAUUGGAGAAACUCCCUGGUGGAGUGAAACGUGACAUAGUGCAAUGGAUUACCCCAUAUGUUCAAAAGGGUGCAUUUGACCGUAUUGUAGAUCCCAGGUUGAAGGGGAAAUUUGAUCGUGCUGAGCUUAAAUCUGCAGUCAUGGUAGCGUUGAAAUGCACUGACAGCAACCCGGAGAAUCGACCUAGCAUUUUGGAAGUAGUGGAGUGGCUGAAGGGUAGUGUUGGGAGAAGAAGGAAAGAGAUGACUAAUAUUGAACACAUGCUUGAGGAAGAUGGAGAUAAAGAAACGGAUACUGAUUUGGAAGGUUUUAGAAUGCCAAAAUCUGAAGUAAGGCGGAAAUGGGCACGUUAAAAGGGAAGAAAAAAGAAAAAAGGAUAGAAAAAACCUUUGAAUGUUUAAUUCAUUUGUUUCUUUCUUUUGUGUAUAAUUUGUAAGAAAACGUUGUUUCAUUGGGAGCUCCAAAUAUCGAUUUCGAAAUUGAUCCAAA